AUGACAAACGACGGAUCUUCAUUACUUCCAAGUCUUGAUUCAUUUCAAAUUCAUAUACCAUUAACAUCAACACCUAAACGAAUGAGCAAAUCAUCGAAUUGUCAGCCAUUAUCUUCAACUUUAUCAAAGUCAAACAUAUCCUAUAAACAAUUCGAAUUAUCCAUUUCAGCAAUUACAUCAAAUCAAAAGUCGCCAGCAGUAACAUACGAAAAACAAACUCGGAUACAUCAUCAUCGACGAAGUCACGUUCAUCCAUCAACAAUUAUCAAACGUAUUGAAUUGAAAUAUUUAUUAUAUUCGUCAAGAGCAAUGAAACACAACAAACAACGACAAUACCUCGAUGCGGAUAUGAAAAUUUAUGUUUGCUUAGUAUAUAUAAGUGAAAUACGAAGUAAAAAACGCAUUGGUUUUUCUUCACAAAAGCAAAGUUUUCUUGACAACAUUCUAAACGCUGCCGAUAAAAUUCUGAUGGAUAAAAUCUGCGGUAGUGAUGCCAUUGUUCUCGAUGGUAACAUUAAGCCUGGUUUAACAUUUCAAUUGUCCAAUAUCAAUAAGUUUCAACCAAAUUUCAGUUGUUCAAUCAAAUUUCGUACAGCUCAGCCAACACAACGAUUGGUGAUUGUCGUUGAACAAAUGAAUAUUGCUGAUUGUCCAGGUGAUACAUUGCAGAUUCUUGAUGGUUCGACAUUGCUCAAUAAAGAUGUUAAACAACAGUGUGGUGCACCUGCAACAUUUACAUUCACCACCGCAAAUACAUUAGCAACGUUUACGUUCAAAACUGGUAAAACAACGAAAACAGCCAGUUUUCAAGUUGCUAUUGCCCUUCAUUUUACUACCAUUCCUGGAUGUCCUCAAAGUCUGAACGUUUUUCUCUGCAAAAACAAAAACUGUAUUUCGAAAUCACUUGCAUGCAAUAAACACAAUCAUUGUGGUGAUAAUACUGACGAAUUGAAUUGCAGUAUCAUCGGCAAAAAAUAA